UCCUCAAGUAAAGCAUAUCAAUGGCCCAAUUGUUUUUUGUUUUCUUCCAAGAAAAUAAAAAACAACCCAAAAUAUUAUAUAUAUUUUUCUCGACAUAAACAUUUAUACCCUCGCUAUUCUCAAAUCCCAUCUUUUUUCUUCUUGUUCUUUUUUCUUUUUUCUUUUUUUUUUUUAUUGGUAUUAUAGCCUUCAAUGCCAACUUCCACAGUAAUUUCAGUAACCCAACUCCUCCAUUGAAGGGAGAAUCACAGAUCUUGAACCCUGGAUUGAAUUUUCAAGAUGGGUUCUCUGGUUUUGAUAAUGGGUUUUUGUACGUGGGUUUGUUUCUUUAGUUUCACUUUCAUGUCUGGGAGCUCACAGAUUGGGGGAAGAGCUGAAACUGUUGGUGGGUCUGUGUUCAUAGAUGGGAAGAGUGUCAUUGGAAGGACAGACAGUGAUUUCAUUUGCACAACUUUGGAUUGGUGGCCUCCUGAGAAAUGUGAUUAUGGGACUUGUAGUUGGGAACAUGCUUCUCUGCUCAAUCUGGACCUCAAUAACAAUAUUUUCUUAAACGCCAUAAAAGCGUUUUCGCCACUGAAGAUUAGAUUAGGCGGAACUUUGCAAGAUAAGAUCAUGUAUGAAACUGAAGAUCACCAACAACCCUGCAUUCCGUUUUCCAAAAACACUUCGGAGUUGUUUGGUUUCACCGAGGGGUGCCUUCCCUUGUCCAGAUGGGAUGAACUAAACGCCUUCUUUAAUAAAUCUGGGGCUCUAGUUAUUUUUGGAUUAAACGCUCUCAAUGGAAGAUCCAUGCAGUCUGGUGGUUCUGCUGUAGGAGCUUGGGACUCCACAAAUGCUGAAUCUUUAAUGCGUUAUACUGUCAAAAAGGGCUACCAAAUCCAUGGAUGGGAGCUUGGAAAUGAAUUGAGUGGGAAUGGAGUUGGGGUAAGAGUUGCAGCAGAUCAAUAUGCCUCGGACAUGAUCUCUCUACAAAACCUAGUGCAAGACAUUUACAGGAGUAUCAAAUCUAAGCCUCUAAUCUUAGCUCCAGGAGGAUUCUUUGAUGCAAAAUGGUUCACAGCAUUCUUGGAUAAAACAACAAAAUCCCUAGAUGUUGUCACUCAUCACAUAUAUAAUCUUGGCCCAGGAGUGGAUGAACACCUUGUUGAAAAGAUUCUCAAUCCAUCUUAUCUUGAUGGUGAGGCUGAUACAUUUAGCAAGCUCCAAAGCACCCUCAAGAGCUCUCCAACUUCAGCGACUGCAUGGGUAGGUGAGUCGGGAGGGGCUUACAACAGCGGUCGCAAUCUUGUCACCAAUGCCUUUGUGUUUAGUUUUUGGUACUUGGAUCAGCUUGGUAUGGCAUCAACUUAUGACACAAAAACAUACUGCAGACAGACAUUGAUUGGUGGAAAUUAUGGUCUACUCAACACUACUACCUUCAUGCCAAAUCCGGACUAUUACAGUGCUCUGCUUUGGAACCGACUAAUGGGAAGAAACGUUCUAUCGACAAGCUUUUCAGGGACAAAGAAGAUACGCGCAUACGCUCAUUGCGCAAAGCAAUCACAAGGAAUCACAUUGCUAUUGAUCAACCUAGACAAUGCCACCACUGUUCAAGCUCGAGUAGUCUUCAAUGGCACUUUCACAUUACGACACAAACACGAGUCUCGUGGUCAUGAAACAAGGAUCAUGCGAAUGCAUUGGGGAAUUAAGAUGAGCGAAAUGGAAAGAGAGGAGUACCAUUUGACUGCGAAGGAUGGGAAUUUGCAUAGUCAGAUUAUGUUGCUUAAUGGGCACAUUUUGACGGUAAAUUCAUCUGGGGAGAUGCCUCCGAUGGAGCCUGUAAGCGUAAAUUCAUCGGAGCCUAUAACCGUUGCUCCUUUUUCGAUUGUGUUUGCUCACAUACCCAAUGUUGUUGUCCCCGCUUGUAGGUAGGAUGGAGUCUCAGAUCCAUGUUUAGUGAUUUGAUCAAAUAAAAAUAGAAUAUGAUGCAUUCUUUCUUUGAAAAUUUCUUGCUGAAUACUACAAUGCAAUUUGUUUUAGUAGAAACAUCUUUGUAAAUGUUGAUCAAAUAAAAAUAGAAUAUGAUGCAUUUUUUAUUUUGAAAA